CUUAUGUAUUUCUGAGCAACAAAGCGCGUUUAUCCCGGGUAGAUCUAUUAUUGACAAUAUCAUGAUAGCUUUUGAGUCUCAGCAUUAUUUGAAACAUAAAAAUCAAGGGAAUGUAGGGUAUGUUAGCUUAAAAUUGGACAUGAGUAAGGCCUAUGACAGGGUGGAGUGGACUUUUAUGAAGGGUAUGCUUCACCAUCUAGGUUUUGAUGAUCGGUGCAUUAGUCUGGUGAUGGAGUGUGUUUCAUCUGUCUCGUAUUCUAUUCCCUUUGAUAAUUCUGAGCUAGGGCCCAUUUUACCCACUCGUGGGCUGAGACAGGGCGAUCCUUUGUCCCCAUAUUUAUUUAUUUUAAUUGCAGAAGGUCUGAGUUCUCUUCUAAAGAGUCAUGAGAUGGCAGGCAGAUUGCACGGUGUGGCGGUUGCUCGUGGAGCCCCUAUAAUUACUCAUUUAUUUUUUGCCGAUGACAGCCUGUUAUUUUUCAAAGCAACGCAUGGGGAGGCUUCUAUUGUGAAGGAGACUUUGAAUGACUAUGCGCUUGCCUCGGGACAGGUAAUAAAUCUGCAAAAAUCUAAAAUUUUCUUCAGCUCCAAUGUCUCGGAGGAUUGCAAAGAGGGUUUGAAAGAGAUGUUGGGUGUGGGUUUGGCUGGGAGUGAGGAACUUUAUUUGGGCUUACCCUCUUUAAUCGGGAGAAAUAAGAGGGCCAUUUUAUCCUACCUGAAGCAAAGAACGAUAAACCGUAUUCAGAGUUGGAAUAAUCUAUUCUUAUCCGGAGCAGGUAGGGAAGUGCUUUUAAAGUCAGUUAUCCAAGCCAUGCCAACAUACGCCAUGAAUGUUUUUCUUCCUCCGAAGGAUUUAUGUAAGGAGAUUGAAGUCCUUUUAAAUGGUUUUUGGUGGCAAGGGAAGACUAAUAAGGGGAUUAGAUGGAGCAAUUGGGAGGACUUGUGUCGGCCAAAAAAACUACGAGGAUGGGUUUUAAGAAAAUCCGAGAAUUUAAUUUUUCCAUGUUAGCUAAACAGGCAUGGAGGAUUUUUUGAGAUCCUGAUUCUCUGGUCGGGAAGGUCUUUAAAGCGCGUUACUUUGGGGAUAGGGAUUUUUUAUCUGCUAAUUUGGACUCUAACCCCUCUUUUAUGUGGCAGAGUAUUUUUCAAACACAGGACAUCAUUAUGAAUGGCUAUUACUCGAGAGUGGGUCAAGGGAAUGCUAUUAACAUUUGGAGAGACCCUUGGCUGCCCGACAGAAACUGUCCGCGGGUGUAUUCGGACCCGAUUCUGGGUCUGGAGGAUGCUUCAGUGGCGAGUCUUCGGAGUGUGGAUGGAUCAGAAUGGGAUGUGGAUUUGAUAAAGGAUCUUUUUACUGAUCGCGAUGGUCUUUUGAUCCAGGGGAUUCCUAUUAGUUUAAGGCGGAUCCCCGACAAGGUUUGUUGGAGAUGGGAAGAGUCUGGACGCUUCUCGGUCCGUAGCUGCUACAGGGCCCUGGUGGGAGAGACGGUCAAUGGCGUCUGGGCUGGUUGGACUUCGAUGUGGGGGUGGAAACUACCUCCCAAAAUCAAGAGUUUUUCCUGGCAGCUGUGCUGCGGCUUCUUGCCGACGACGGUGAAUCUGAGGUUGAGAAGAGUUGAUUGUGCCGAGACCUGUGGACUUUGUGGAGCAGCAAAUGAAUCACUAAUUCAUUUGUUUUACUACUGUCCAGUAGCUCAGGAGGCUUGGCGAGCUGUGGGAUGGAGCUGGGUGUCAGCUUCUGUAUCAAGCUUCAUGGAUCAGAUUCAAGUGGAAUUCAAUACAAAGAAAAAGGAAGAUUUACACAAACUGGUGUGGGGUUGUUGGGGAUUGUGGUGUGAAAGAAAUAACAGAAUCUGGAAGGGAGUUAGGACUGGGGAUAAGAUGAUUUUAAUCAAGGCUAACAUUUUUGUUGAGAUUUGGAAGUCAGGGGUUUCGGGUGCAAGGAAACCGGGUUUCGGUCGGAGCUUCAGUCUGGAAAAGGCCUUCGGCUGGAAGACUGAAAUUGAAUGUUGAUGCGGCUGUCAAACAUGAUCGUAUCGGGCUGGGAUGGUUGAUUCGAAAUGCCUAUGGGGAGUUCGUGGCAGGAGUUUCGAAGCCUUGGCAAGGUCAGUUGUCUCCAUGGGAAGCGGAGCUAGUUGGGAUCCGGGAAGCGCUUAGUUGGGCGAAAGACUAUGGGUGGGAUCUUAUUGAGGUUGAAUCAGAUGCGUCCAAGUCGAUCUCGGAAAUUCAGAAUGGCUCAAGCGAUUCUUUGGCGGGAGUCAUAGCAGGAGAUAUUAGAGAAUUACGAUCGAGUUUCAUGGAGAUUUCUUUUUCUGCGAACCAGGCAGCUCAUGGUUUGGCCCAAGCCGUUUGUUCUAUGUCUGAUUAUACCUCUUGGACUGUUUUGCCACCUAAUUUUAUUUAUCAUGUACUAAACAAUGAAGCUAUUAAUGAUAAUUAAUUCUCCUUUCUUCAAAAAAAUAGAGACCAAGAGAGUAUAGAUUGACGAAGACAAGAGAAGUUAAGAGCUGAAGGUAUGGGAAAAAAUGAUAUGUAUAAUAAUACUCCGUUUUUAAAUAAAUGCAACGGUCAACAUUUCACACUUGCUGAUGCAC